AUGCAAUUGUUGUACAAUAAACUAGGCCGUCAUCCAACGCCACCACCCUUUCAGCAAACUUCUUUUUUCUUGUGCACAUAUUCACGUGAUCUAAAAAAAAAAGCCGGAAGUGUCUCUUUCCAGUGUUAUUUCUCAAUAUUAUCAUUCCCAUCCUCUUUCCUUUCUUGUCUUAUUCCUUUUUAUUAUUCUCCUUCCGCUCUCUCGCUCUCUCUCUCUCACCCCCCUUUCUCUCUCUCCUUCUCUCUCUCUCACCCUCUCUCUCUCCUUCUCUCUCGCUCCAUCUCUCUCCUUCUCUCUCGCUCCAUCUCUCUCCUUCUCUCUCUCUCUCUCUCUCUAUCUCUAUCGUUUCUUCUUCUUCCUUUCUUUUCCUUUUUUUAUUCAAAUCCACGUUUCUUUUUUCUUUCUUCGUCCCUUAUUAUGUUAUUCCAUUUAUUUUUUCUCUCUCUCUCUCUCUCUCUCUCUCUCUCUUGCUCGCUCGCUAGAUUUCAAUUUCUGCGCCCACUCACUAUUUCUUCUUAUAUGGAAGCGUUUUACAAUAUCUAUUUCCCAAUCUUUUCAUAUCUAUCUAUCUAUCGAUCUAUCGAUCUAUAUAUCUGUCUAUUUCAGUCUUUUCCUUUCUAUCUAUCUAUCUAUCUGUCUAUCACAGUCAUUUCAUAUCUAUCUAUCUAUCUAUCUAUCUAUCUAUCUAUCUAUCUAUCCCGGUCUUUUCAUAUCUAUCUAUCUAUCUAUCUAUUUCAGUUUUUCAUAUCUAUCUAUCUAUUUCAGUAUUUUCAUAUCUAUCUAUCUAUCUAUCUAUCUAUCUAUCUAUCUAUCUAUCUAUCUAUCCCGGUCUUUUCAUAUCUAUCUAUCUAUCUAUCUAAUCAAUCAAUCUAUUUCAGUUUUUCUAUCUAUCUAUCUAUCACAAUCAUUUCAUAUCUAUCUAUCUAUCUAUCUAGCUAUCUAUCCCGGUCUUUUCAUAUCUAUCUAUCUAUCUAUCUUUGGGUCGCUUUUCCUCCCUCCUACUCUUUCUUCUCUUUCUCUCUCCGCUCUAUAUUCCUCUUCCUUCCUUCCUUCCUCCCUCCUUACUUCCUUCCUUCCUUCCUCCCACGCCCUCUUUUUUCCUCACCCUUUCUCUCCCUUACUUUUCUUUAUUAUCAGCUUUCAUUUUACUACUUUUUGGGACCUUCCUUUUUUAAUUCAAUUCCACCUUUUCUUACACUUUCCCUUUCAAUAGCUUUCGCCCGCCUCCAAUUCUAG